AAAGCACUAUCCGGCAGGUCGGUAACAUUUAAUAGCAGGCAUCACAAGCCCGCACUUUAUCACAACAAUCCGACCCAAGUGCGUCGUCCUCUUCGCCAUACUGUAAAAACCUCUUCAGUACUAAAUAAGUACUUUAUUAAAUUCUUAUCUUUAAUAUUAAAAUUUUAAAAAAUUAUUUCGAGCUUGUAGAAUAGAAAAAAUAUUAUUUUACAAGCAAACGAGCAGUGUCAGUGAGUGAAGUUUGUUGAAAAAGGUGGGACGAAAUGUCUACAUCAAAAUACACGCUGGACGAAAGUCUCGGUGAGUCAUGGGUGGAAUUAAACCCCGCGCAGCUGGCUGACAGAAUAACACCCUUGCCAUUCGGAAGUGGUGGAGAAGAGUAUCUUCGUCUGUUAAGAGAAGCCCAAAGGGACUCUACACACUCCUCAGCGAGACACUCUCUAGCUUCUUCGCGGCGAGACACACCCAGAGAUAGUCCCAAGAGCCCACCCAACAGUCCAAAUACCGAGCGAUCUACUGACGAUGAUCUCAAAGGAGUAUAUAUAAAUUACAGCUGUGCCAAGGAUGCUAGUGAAUUGCUGGCAAAAGAAUCAGAUUGGAUGUACGAUGAAUGGUGUUCACGUCCAGAGCAAGUUCCACCAAACAAGGACUGGAAAUUCAAGCAUCCACUGGGCAUGACCAAAAGAAAAACUUACAGCAUUCGCACAGCCAAGGUCGGCAAGAAUGGGCUUUUCUCCAAGGAAGUUCUCUACACAUUAUUCUUGUCUAAUUUGCUGUCACUCAUCAUUGGCACUGGUUUUGGAGUAUGGCUGACCAGACGGGGACUGAUGAUGACACGUGUGGCUAUUGAGUGAGCUAGUCAAUAAGUGACUUGUAUAAGGAUUAAUUGUAAGGAUGACAAGAAUGAUUUUGAUUAUCGAGGUAGAAAGACUGACGAAAAGGAUUUUUAGAACGAGCCUAAUUUUAAAUACAAAUAAUAAAUUAAAUAUAUAAGAUUUAAUCACGUACACUCACGCUCUUGUCCAGUGUUCACAAUAUUAAUUAAUAUUAAUAUUAAUUACAUU